CUCUCUUCAGCAGCCUGCGCCUUCGCACACGCCGGCUUUGGGUCAAGCCCACCAUGCGCCACCUCCUGCUGUGCCAUCUACGCAAAUGGAUCUGAACGCCCUCAUCAGCAACAUCUCUGCGGCCUCUGCCAAUCCUGGCCAGCCUCUGAUGGCUCUGCCCGGAUACGCUGCCCCUCCCUACCAGCAGGGCAACCGUGGACCUCAUCAGCCUGUCGCAGGCUCAUCAGACCCUGCCCGAGACGUCGAAAACAUCAUGGCUACGCUUGCUAGAUACCGGCAGUAAUGUCGUGUUCCAGCCUAGACCAAGAACCAUAGCAGACGGCGAGAGUGAUAGAACGGAUUCUGUUGACCCGAAUAUCAAGACGCCACUUGUCGCCACGGUAGUUCUGAUCCUCUUGAUACUAGAAUAUAAUCAGGCUCUUUGGAAAGACGAUGGAGUAAUAAGUAGUUCCAGAGAUGACCACCAUCACGUCCUAUGGACAGACUGGGUGUCGGGUCAAGAAAAAUGAGCCGGUGCCGGGCGGGGUCCAAACGAUGGCAGGAGGAGACCCUUCUCCCGCAACGGACGCUUCAUAGACGAUGAAGAUCCUCAAAGCCACAG